AGCGGACAGGUGUCUGAGGAAAAGCUCCAGGCAGACUGUCACAAAUACAUCACAGCUCAGCUCGCGGGGCAGAUUCAGGACGUUUUGACUAAUUUUAGUGUUUAGUAUGUUUUAGUGUUUUGUAUGAAAUCAAAGCCUUUUUUCCAGCGGACGCUUCGGCUUUCAGAGCUCAUGGGCGAGUGUGAGUCAGAGAGACGCGCUGCUCCGCAGAGCCGAUCCUGACGGACUGAACCGCUCGGAGCGCGACGUCUAAGCCCGUGUUUUGGACAGCGGCGCCCGAAAGUGGCCGGUAACCGUUUCUUACGUGGAUUCUACUCGGACUUCGGUCUUUCUUAUUCACUACUACAGCCGUCUGGGAAACGGAAUAACCAGAGGAAAACCCGGGAUUAACGGUUAAUUGGUUCAGACUCUGCAUUCUGGGUAGCAGAACCUGAGUUAUUUUGUUUAGUUGGCCUUUUUUGUUUUUGUUUUUAUUUGUUUGUUUGUUUGUUUGUUUGUUUUUUUGCUUUUUUUCGAUGAACGUUCCUGCAGUGAACUCUACUGACAUUUGACAUUUGAGUGAGGAUGAAAAUCCAGGCACCGAGGAUGACCCCAGCGUUCAUCUGCUCCAGGAUUCUGCUCGUGUGUCAUUCAUUGGUCUGUGUACAUGGUGGGAUGUUUGUGGAGCCCUCAUCCCCUGCCGUGUUUUCUGUAGCAGAGGGAGAGACACGGCUGCCCUGUCAGUUCAAGCCGUCAGAAGAGAGUGUGGUUCAGGUCAUAUGGACAAAGGAAAAACCAGAUGGAACCAAAGAACAGAUCAUAACUGCUCAUCAUACAGAAGGACAGUUAGAAUCUCGUGAUUAUGCAGGCCGUGUGCGAUUCGAGGGCACAAACCCCAUGGCGAACUCUGCUCUGAUCAUCAUGAAUACAAAACUGGCAGAUGAGGGAAAAUACACCUGUACCAUUAGUGCCUUUCCCACUGGAAGCAGUGACACCCAGCUGUCUCUCACUGUGUGGACGCAACCCAUCUCCACUUUGGAUACCUUUAUUCUAGUGGAGGGUCAGUCUUUUCGGCAGGCCGCUACAUGCCGCUCGAUGGCGAAACCUCAGCCUGGUCUGUCUUGGGACACAGACCUACCGGGCCAGAGCCAGAACCGCAGUCUGGAAAACGGAGUCUCUUUCAUCAAGUUCUCCCUGCACCCCUUGCGCUACAUGAAUGGCCGCAAGAUGGACUGCCUGGUUUGGCACCCGACUCUAAAAAGCCCACGGAGGUACAGAAGCCAGGUUGUAGUGCACUACCCACCGGAGGCAGCAAUCAAAGGUUAUGAUGACAACUGGUAUGUGGGACUGGAGGACGUAAAGCUAGAGUGUGAUGGUGAAGGAAACCCAAAACCAGACAAUUUCACCUGGAACAGGAACGAUGGAGGUUUACCAGACGGCGUGACGACAGAGAAGGGACUUCUGAAAUUUAACAGGCCUCUGACCCUGACAGACACAGGAGAGUAUGAAUGUGUAGCCACCAACCUGGUGGGCUCAGGGCGAUCUCACUUGAAGAUAACUGUAACUGAGUUACGUCAAAAAAAGACAUCAUUCGACAGCCUCCUGCUCAUCAUCAUAGGAGCCGUUGCUGUUAUGGUGGUGAUUAUUCUGGUGGCUGUGGUCCUAACAGUGAACCGACACUACAAGCGAAAAAACAAACAGCUGACCAUGGAACUGAAUGAGAAAAAGGUAGAAAUCAGCACUCUAUCCAGGCAGGCCUCGAUCAGGAGAGUAGGCUCAAUUAACACAGAAAAGUACCAGAUGGAUGAAGCUCUGCCGCUGAGAGGUGAAGGAACAAUACGUACCAGCCUCAGUUCCCUGGACCACCCCCGUUCUCGAGACAGUCACUCUACGCUGGGAGGGGCUGUGGAUAUGUUGGGUCGACCGGUCAUUUACAAUACGUCCAGACGAGGGAGGGAGCGCAUGAUGGAAAGAGAGAGAGAGGGAGAUUUCACUCGACUGAAAGUGGAGUCUUUUGUGAAGAACAGCAAUUUGUCAUUGGUGCAUUCGGAAAGCCACUUCCUCCCUCCACUCCAGCCGUCUCCAUACCUACAGCAUCAGACCGCCGAAGGUAUCAGGUCUCGGAACGGUAGCGCUAUUUUACCAGCAGAGGGCAGACCACAGUCAGGAGGGGGCAGCAGAACAGGCAGCAGAAUGAGCAGCAGAAAUGGCAGCGUGGUAGGCAAAAGAGAGCACCAGUCACCCCCCCUAAGCACUUCCAACUACCCUAUGCUCACUGAUGAGGAGGAGGGUGACCUGGGGCCAGUUGAUGAAGAUUCAGGGGUCUUGGGGGUCCCAAAAGAAGUGGACGGCCUAGACAAUGGAGGCAGUGAGACAACGAGCUCUCAGAUAUCAGAGGCAAUGUCUAAUCACUUUGAACACAGUAACGGUAUACUGUGGCCUAAGUCAAAACCCAACAGCAUCCUGCUAGCGCCAGAGACCACCCGGUUACUCCCUGCACACAACGGCAUCAUCCACCACCAGCCUCAGAUAGUGUAGGACCUCCUAACCUACAGCUCAGCACCAUCAUUGAUCUUCAAAAGGUCAGAAUGGUCAUCAUCAAUCCACAAAUGGUCAGAAUGGUCAAGAGAAUCAUAAAUGCUUUUGGAUACUGGAAGACUUUAAUGGCAGUAACUGGAAAAGACAUUUCUUUUAAUGCUAUCUGUUUCAAAUUGGGUCCAUAAUCAGGUUAUGGAUACCCUAUCUCCUCACAUAUUUUCUAUGGUAAAAACUUGGAUCAAGUUUUUAAGCUGAACUAAACAGAGCAAUACAGCUUUUUUUCCCGACUGCAUGUUUCAGAACUGUGCUUGUGCCUUUUUGUGGAUAAGUAUUACAAUAGGUGGUGACGCCUCCUGUGAGAAACAUGGAAAGCCCAUGAUCAUGUGUGAAUUAAUGCGCUGUGUGACCACGACAGAGAACUAAAUCCUCCUGUUCUUUUUUCACUACAGCAAAACUGUGGUUUCAAGAUCAAAGACCAAACCCCGGGAUUAAAAAUGCAUGUUUUUAAUGCUAAUUGCCUUUUGAAUGCAGAUGUAUCGUACUGACAUUACAGUAAAAACCACGCCUAUAUUACAUAUCUUGAGUCUUUAUGAACUUUUUUCUCAUGACUACAUGUAAAUAACAGACAGAGUAUAUGCUGACAUGAAGUAUUAUUAACCGCAUUAAGAUGUUGUGAGAAUAAGUGUUUUCUGCAUUAAGAGAUGACCAUCAUCUUUGUUUACAGCCUGUUCAUUGCAUUUGCAUCAAGAUUGUAUGUGCCUUAAAUUCACGCACUAUGACUAAAGGUCGUCUGAAAACUGAACUGUGCCACUGUUAAAGCCUAUGCCCUACUGUUAAAGUGUCUAUACCAUGAACAGGCAUAAGGACAGGCAUUUGCAAGUGUAUAUAAUGUUAGUCUGUUGGGUAUAAUUUUACUAACCUUGUUAAUUAAGUGUCUGUCAUACAAUCUAAUUUCUACUUUUGUUUUUCCUCUGUACUGCUGGAUAGUGCUGGGAUUCUGGGAAAGGCAUGGGUGAUUGUACGUGCAAACUAGAAAUAUAAAAUCAUUCUUUUAUCUAUAUAAAAGUGUACUGACCAGUUAUUAUUCCUGUUGUUGACUUGUAGUUCAUGCUGCAGGGAACCUAUUACAAAUCUACUAGAAAAAAAUGGGGAAGCAGAAAAAAAAGCUGACAAUGGGCAAAUGAAUGAUGCAAUAACGGUUCAUUUCAGUUUCAGUUUGUUUGUUUUUUUUGACGAAAUUGUGUACAUUUAUACCUUGGAUUAACAUCUAACAUUGUGCAUUUGAAUUUCUCAACUGCGUUUAAUUUUAAUACCUUUAUUCACAAAUAAAAUGUUGAGUUUUUCUUGAUUUAUGAAUAGUCACUGUACAUGAGACUACAUUUAAUAUAGUACAUUUAAGAAGUAAAACCUGACGUUUUUGCCAUUUAGUUUGAUGUAUUAAAAAAAACCCUCAAAAGAAAUGUAGCAUUUCAGAUACAGGCAUUAAUGAGUUAACAUCUCUUUGCUUUUAGUGUCACGGAAUUGGAAAAAAGAUGAACUUUCCCAUUGUUAACUGCACAUAAAAGGCCUUCUCUGAUAUCUAAUACAAUUGUAUCCGAUUAAAGGCACUGUGCUGGUGGAAGCAUUGAUCUAAAA